AAAUUUGUGAAGGAACAGAAACAGGUACAAGAAGAAAUUAGUAGAAUGUCUUCAAAAGCCAUGCUUAAAGUACAAGAAGAUAUUAAAACUCUGUCACUGGCUGCCAGUGGAUUACAGAGGAACACCCUCAGUAUUGACAAGUUGAAAACAGAAAAUGCUCAGAUGUCCUGGAGCUUUUCAUCGAAGACUUGCCCUAGAAAGGAGGAAAACUGAUAAAGCUCAGACAGAGAUUGAGAAUGAAAAUGGAACCACUGUAAUAGAUCUUCCAGGUACUUUAUCCCUCGAAACGGACUGUUCAGGGACAGGCAUAUCACCUGCUGAGUGCAGCUUGAUAUCAGCGUCUCUGCCCCCAUGGCCUGAGGAGCCUGGCCUGGACAACCCCGCCUUGGAGGAGAACACGGCCACUGACACUACGCAACAGCCGGUUAGUUUUCCAGAAGGCAAAAUUACUACAAUUGAAAUUCACCGGGAUGAUCUUUAUAUUCAGCUAGGAAUUAGGAUUGUGGGCGGAGGUUUAGCGCCACUGAACAACAGAUACAUUGUUAUCCAGGAAGUCUGUCGGGAUGGGGUGUUCACCAAAGAUGGAAGACUUCUUGCUGGAGAACCAAUUCUUCAGGAUCUUACCCAGUGUGUUACAUGCCAAGAAAAACACAUUACUGUAAAGAAGGAACCACCUAAGUCCCUGGGAAUGACAGUGGCAGGGGGCAGAGGAAGCAAGAGUGGUGAACUGCCCAUCUUUGUAACCAGUGUGCCAGCUCAUGGCUGUCUGGCACGUGAUGGCCGCAUCAAAAGAGGUGAUAUAUUGCUGAAUAUCAAUGGCAUUGAUUUGAACAAUUGAAGUCACAGUGAGGCCAUGGCUAUGCUAAAAGCCAGCGCCGCGUCCCCUGCUAUUGUCCUGAAAGCACUUGAGGUCCAGACUGUCGAGGAGGCAGCCCAGGCUACUGAAGAGCAGCCAGGCACCUUCAGUGAGAAUGAGUAGGACUCCAGCUGGUCCUCGUCGUGGGUCAUGUGGCUUGGGCUUCCAAGGUACUGACAGCGUUUCAGCAGUUUCGUGGAAUAAUCAUAGUGACAACAUUUCUCAGUAUGGAACACAGUAAAUUCAUUUGUCCAGGGUGUGAGGGGGAAGGUCCUGGUCAGAGAUGAAAGUGGCAAUGGCAUAUCAAGUUAUAGAAGAAAAGGGUAAUUUUUUCCUUAGGUUAUUAUAUUUUAAAAGAUAAAUUUAAGGGGCCUCUAGGUGGCUCAGUCGGUUAAGCAUCCAACUCUGGAUCACAGCUCAGGUCUUGUACUCCGG